AUUUCCAUUCAUUUCUUUUGUGUACUUUUUUUUAUUUUAGUUGUGACGACUCGUUUCCAUUCUGUUAACACAUUUUGAGUCUGUUAACGCAAUUGGAGUCUGUUAGUCAAUUUUUUGGCAGAAAAAUAACGGCCUAUUUAUAAAUGAAGAGAAAUGAAAAUAUCAAAUAGAAAAUAAUGAGAAUAUAUAAAGUCCUAUGAAACGGGUAAAAGGACAUUAUGUUUCAGUGAAGGUGAAGUGCGAAAAGGGCAAAAUUAAAGGGACGUAGCUUCCCGAUUUAUCCCGCAAUCGCGGACCAAAAGUAGACCAGCCAAUACGGUGAAAAUUGAUUUUUCCCAAUCAGAAUGCGAGAUCGCUGGUAAUAGAAUUAUUAGAUAGUUGAGAGACAUCAGUGCACAACAAAAUGCCAGAGAAUUUGGAGCUGCAUCAGUUUCAGGAGGGGACACAAUCCAACGACAAAUCUAACCGAUGGCUGGAACGAUUAAAAAUGCGCCUAAACUGCCCAUACCUGGGCAUUAUUUUGGCCACGCUAUCCUCGCUAUUCUUUUCGCUGUGUUCAGUGAUAGUUAAGGGCCUCGUGGACGUGAAUCCUAUGGAGUUAGCCUCCUUUCGGUUUGUAGGCGUUCUGCUGCCCACAAUUCCCAUCUUGAUUUACACCAAACAACCGGUUUUCCCGGAGGGCAAGCGGGUCAUACUGCUGCUACGCUGUUUUAUGGGAACCACUGGACUUAUGCUAAGUUUCUAUGCCUUCCGUCAUAUGCCACUUGCCGAUGCCAGUGUAAUUAUUUUCUCCACACCCGUCUUUGUGGCCAUUUUUGCGCGGGUCUUUCUCAAGGAGCCUUGCACGCUCUUUAAUGUGGUCACUAUUAAUAUGACACUUCUGGGCGUUGUCCUGAUCACCCGUCCGCCGUUGAUCUUUGGCAGUGCGACUCCUACACUAGAUAGCGAAAGCGAGAAGUAUUCGGAUAAGACUUACGACAUUUGGGGACCAGUUGCUGCGAUAUCAUCGACGCUGUUUGGAGCCAACGUUUAUAUAUUGCUGCGAGCCCUUAAGAAUCUACACUUUUCCGUGAUCAUGACGAAUUUUGGAGCUAUUGCUUUGGUAUACACAUUCAUAGUUUGCGUUGCAAUCGGAGCCGUCUGUUGGCCCAGUUGUGGACGUGAUCGAUGGCUAGUUGUCAUCUUGGGAAUCUUCAGUUUUCUUGGCCAAAUCUUACUAACGUUGUCGCUGCAAGUGGAGCAAGCUGGCCCCGUGGCCAUUGCACGCUGUGCAGAUAUUGUGUUCGCCUUCAUUUGGCAAAUGAUGUUUUUCGGCGAGACUCCGACUGGAUACUCCCUGUUUGGAGCUCUCAUGGUGGUCAGCUCGGUCAUUCUGACAGCACUCAAAAAAUGGGCCAUGACUUUGCCACGAGAAUCGACGCUGCGAAAGCGAUUGCGGGUCAUCCUACUAGAGUAGAAGGGACGAUAAAGCGGAACGAGAGCAGCUCAAAUGCUGGGUGAAAAUGUUUUAGAUAAGUUCGCGGUUUCUCUCACACACACAUGUCGUGUUUACACAUCGGUACUAACUAAAUUAAAUUUAAUAUCAAAUAUUGAGCAUUUUUGGGGAGUUAGUGCUCAACAAACAGUUCAUUCUAAUAGACUUAGUAUACCUAUUCGAUGCUCAGUAUACUUAUAGAAUUACUAGAAUCUACCAGGAUCCAUGAUUAUCAUAAAAAAAUAUACAUAAAUAAACACAAAUAUUACAUACAUAUACAGUUUUCAAAGAUCAAGCGUGAUAGCCAUUUCCAUAUUAAACCAUAAUCUACUCAUAAUCUACCGUUUAGUUUAGCCAAAUUCAUCAAUUUGUUGUUUUGUACAUUGUUAUACAUGCUUAAA